AUGAUUUGCGCCAACCAGAACGAUGUAAAAAACGCCACGACGAGCACACCGCGCUGCGUCGCCCACUGGGCGCACACGCAGGAGCAAGUGCUGUACGCCGUCUAUCUACUGGCAGUGCUCGUGCUGUUCUCUCUGCUGUGGACACUCGCGUCGAAACGCCAGCGCAAAUCGCUGCGGAAGGGCGAAAUCGGUUUCUCGCUCAAGUGCCGCCGAUGGGCGCGCACGUCCCGCACGGCCGCUAUCAUUAAUCGACCUGUCCAGUUGCUCGUGUCGUGCGCCAUUUUGGGCCUCACAAUGUCCAGACUUGACUCGUACGACGUCACGGAGUGGUCGUACUACACGGUGCUAGGACUCUACGCGGUGGCUGUUGUGGAUGACGUCGUGCGAUUCCUCGCGUCCAGGUACAAGCUCACCUUUUGCUUCUCGCCCGUCACGCUACUGGAGCUGCUAUGCCUGGCGUCCAACUUUGACGUGGGCUUUGGCUCGGUAAAGGUUAUUGGGGGUGUGCCGACACGGACGUAUCUAGACUUCUCGGUCAUGCGGCCUGUGUUUAUACUGAGGAGCUACUUGGAGAUGGAGAAACAUGUGCCCCGAUCGACGAAGGGCUGGAUGAUGGUCAGACUCGGGAUCAAGAUGAUGCUCAUGAUCAUGGUCGGCGCGUCAAUCAUGUUUUUCCUAGAGACGCUCGGCGAACUACCAUUUUUUACCGACAAUGGGUUUGCGCAUUUGUAUAGCUGCAGUGAUGGGUCGGUCACGAGGCACGAGUCAGCGGAGUGCUCGGAGUCAUCGUGGUCGGUCAUGUUUGCCUUUUACUUUACGGUGGUGACGCUUGGUACCGUCGGCUAUGGCGACAACGCGCCUCAAACAGUACCCAGCAGACUGUUGGCUAUCAUGUUUAUCGUCAUGGGAAUCAUCUUGUUUUCGAUGGAAAUUGACAACCUCACUAGCUUGUACAACUUGCGUCGGAUCGGGAACCCGCCCUAUGUUGCGAAGCCUGACGCCAUCCAUGUGCUUAUAAUUGGCAACCCAUCGUAUGCCCAGCUCUCGGCUAUUCUCCAAGAGCUUUUCCAUGCUGACCAUUUGAGCGAUACUGAUACACGGCGACUCGGUGCUGUUAUCCUAGGGGAGCGCAAGGCCCGCUUCGUGAAGCCGCUUAUUGCGAAGCUGAAAGCUGACCCCAUCUACACAUCGCGUGUAACAUACGUCGCUGGUGACGCUACCCGCAUAGAAGACCUAAAGCGGUCCCUUGCUCGCGAUGCCAUAGCAGUGUUUGUGUUUCCGGAUAAACUGGCGAGUGACGCCGCAAACGAAGACGCGAGGAACAUAAUGCGCGUUCUAGCAACUAGACGUUAUGUUGGGCCAUCCGUGCGCAUUUUGGUGAUGGUUCUUCGUGGGGAGAGUGGCCGGCACGUGCUAGCUGCGGGUGUACACCCAGACGACAUCAUAUGCGAAAACGUUGUCAAGAUGGGCUUGAUCGCUCAAAGCACCGUCUCGAAUGGCGUUUCUACGAUGCUGGCGAAUUUGGGAUCAAGCUUUUCUGUUGACAUAAGCAAAGAAUCUUCUCUGCCCUCUGUUGUUGCGAGCGGUGAACUGAAUGGCUACGACAGCUUGGCAACUGGUGUCGUUGAAAUGGAUUCGUCUGGGCGCAGCUGGAUGGGAGAAUAUUAUGCCGGUGCAGCAAAAGAAAUGUACUUAAUCCGUUUGUCAAAGAAGUACGCAGGACUGACCUUUUCUGAAGGGGCAACUCGAAUUUUCGAAGAAACGCUAGGUACGGUGGUGCUCAUCGGUGUGGAGGUCGAGUUUUCCGAGGAGGACGCAUUGUUCCACAGCAGCUCCGAGUCUCGUGUGCUGUUGAAUCCUGGCAACAGUCUGCUUUUGACCGAGUUGAUUCAGUGUUAUUGCAUCGCCGACGACAUGGACCACGUUUUUCACCACAAGGUUUGCGUGGAUGAGGUCAGUCUAGAAGAGAUGCGGCGACCAGUCGACUCUUCGACGUCCGUGAACCCGGCUGGGGAUAUGUUUCAGCCGAUGCUUUCUCCUGGCCCCGAAGGAGACAUCUUUUGCGACGAGCUAAAAAGUGUGAAUGCUUACACGGCAUACACGACUCCGAACUAUGCGUCCAUGAAGCACCACAGCCCAGUGUCAACCUCGAGAACUGGAUUGCUUGUUCUGGACCGUUCACUGGAGACAACUAUUCUGAGGAUCAAAAAUGCAAACCGAACGAUUGCCAGUGACAAUCCUUACGAAACCCUACAAGCUUACGCCUGUUCACACGGUGGCGUGAAUGAAAAUGCGUCAUUUGUGGCACCACACGAGAGGCUUAGUGCUCCACCUCUUGCUAUCCUGUUGCAUCCCGAGCACAUCGUCAUCUGCAGCUUUCUGGGUAAAGAAUCAGCGGAAACUCUCCAAUGGCUCAUUAGGCCUCUCCGCAGCCCGUACGCCAGCGGUCAUCCUCCGGUCACGAUUUUAGAUACUGCAGAGCCGUCGGACCUGUUGACGAGCAUGUUGCUCGCCUUUGAGAAUGUGUUUUACGUACGCGGAAGCCCCAUUGUUUAUUCAGACUUGCAGCGCGCUGGUGCCAAGGCAGCAGCUGCGGUCAUGGUACUUGGGAAACGGUCAGAAAGGGCAAGUUUGUCUGCAUCCGUCUCUGACGCUGAGCUGGAGUCCAGUAUGAAUGAUGCGGAGGCGAUUUUUGCGACGAUGUUGGUGGAACUCAAGAUGGACCUUUCGAAAAUUUUCACUAUCACCGAGCUUGCCGACGAAGCCAACUCAAAGUUUAUGGGUACGUCGUUUCAGUCUAAGAAGGUACAGACGGUGACGUCGACUGGCAACAACAUAAGGCGCGGAGUUGCAGUGGAUGUUUCUGGUACAGAGCUGUUCAAGUUGUGGAAUAACAUUCUGCAGCAUGACGUAUCAGGGCAGAUGUCGAAGAAGGAGAUUUUCGGCCUUCCUUUGUAUAUGUCGGGUCGGGUCCUGCACCCACAGCUAUGCGAAAACAUUGUUGUACAGACGUACUUCAACCCGUCAAUCCACAAGAUUAUUCGUCAACUGGUCGGGGGCCCCCGCUGCACCGGUGUGAUUCACACCUUUUCGAUCCCGCAUCUACUUCGGGAAGAGUGCACAUACUCCGACGUCUUCCGCUCGUUCGCCGUGUCAUCGUAUUCAGGUAUUUGCAUCGGUAUUUACCGCCUGUCAACACAAACGAUUGGAUUGUCGGGUCAUGUUGAACUGCCCAUCGUCAUUACGACUCCGAAAGCUGAUCUCAAACUUAUGAAGAGCGAUCGAGUUUUUGUUUUGAUUGGAGUUCAUACGCUAGAGCGUGCGGCCACGAAGAUUCAGCAUCAGUAUCGACGGUACAAAGAGACCUCGAUCUAG